UGAAUGACUGUAUUGAACACAGAUGUCAUACAAAUGGGUGUAAUGUUUGUAAACAUUGUGUGAAAUGUGAAACUAAUUUGUGGUUAAAAUAUAACAUAAAAUGUUAAAUCAACGGAUGUCGGCGUCGGUGACCAACUUAUUGAGCCGUUUUCGCGGUUGUCUUGUCGGUGGACUCAUUGGCGACUGUCUCGGCUCACCCUUCGAGGGCGACGAUCCGAUCAGUCGAUCUGUUUUACAAAACUUUAUGGACAAACAAUUGAAGGAAUCGUCGAAAUUGUUUCAGGUGUUUUCCUAUACUGACGACACGGCAAUGACAAAGUCUAUGGUCGAGUCAUUUGUUCAGAUGAAGAGUUUUGACGCCAAAGACAUGUCCAAGAAGUUUACAAUGGAGUAUAUUAAGGAACCGAAGCGCGGAUACGGCGGUAAUGUUGUGGACGUGUUUUCGGCUCUCAAUAGCAUUAAUUAUGAACAUCCAUACGAACCGGCGCGCCAUCAGUUUAACGGUACCGGAAGUUACGGCAACGGCGGAGCUAUGAGAACCAGUCCGGCCGCUCUGUUCGGAUAUAAUUUAUCGGAUAAAGAGUUGAUCUCUUUGGCGGCCAAUUGCGCUCGGAUUACACACUCACAUCGUAACGGCUUUAACGGUGCAAUACUUCAAUGUUUGGCCAUUCGUUUAGCAUUAGACACCGAGACAUCGCAAACGGAUCAAUCGUUUGACAUCAACUUAUAUCUGAAUCGAUUAAUUGAAAAAAUGAAUGAAAUUGAAGUAAACGGUUGUGAAAGUGAUUCAGAAAGUGAUGGACUAAAUACUAAUGGGUUAUCGAGGACUCCAUAUACGGAUAAAUUGAAAAAAAUAAAAGAGUUAUUUAGUGAUGAGUCUAAAAUCAAGGGAUUGUCGUCUGAAAGAGUGGCUUAUCUUUUUGGAAACGAUGUGUCGGCUCUUAACUCAGUUCCGUCGGCUAUUUAUUGUGCACUGAGAGCGCAAAAGCCAAUCGAUGACAUUGAAAGUGAUAAUCCGUUUGUGCGGACACUAUAUUUUGCCUUAUCUUUAGGCGGAGACACCGAUACUAUUGCAUCGAUGGCCUGUAGUAUAGCGGGUGCUCUAUAUGGACACCAAUUGAUUCCUAAUGUUUUACAAAAACGUUGCGAAGAUAUUGAUUUAAUAGUUAAAUAUGCGGAUAAUUUAUAUAGCUUUGUGUCAAAUGUUGAUUAAAUAUACGUAUAAAUAAAU